AUGUCGGUCGUAUCUCUUCUAGGUGUCAAUAUCCUGAACAACCCCGCCAAGUUCACCGACAACUACGUUUUCGAGAUUACUUUCGAAUGUCUCGAGCAGCUUGAGAAGGACUUGGAGUGGAAGUUGACCUACGUCGGCUCUGCGACUUCCGACCAGUACGACCAGGAGCUUGACUCCCUUCUUGUCGGUCCUAUCCCCGUCGGUGUCAACAAGUUCAUCUUCGAGGCCGAUGCUCCUAAGACCACCCGUAUUCCCGAUGCCGACAUCCUCGGAGUCACCGUGGUUCUUCUAACCUGCUCCUACGACGGUCGCGAGUUUGUUCGUGUUGGAUAUUACGUCAACAAUGAAUAUGAGACCGACGAGCUGAACGCCGAUCCCCCCGCUAAGCCCAUUGUUGAGAAGAUCCGUCGCAACGUUCUGGCCGACAAGCCCCGUGUUACGCGUUUCGCCAUCAAGUGGGAUUCCGAGGCAUCUGCUCCUCCCGAGUUCCCCCCUGAGCAGCCCGAGGCGGAUCUCCAGCCCGACGAGGAUGAGUACGGAGCUGAUGAGCUUGAUGAGGAUGCUGAGGAAGAGGAGGGAGCCGAAGUCGCAGCUGAUAACACCGCUGAGGCUAGUGCUACUGCUGCCGCCGCUGAUGGAGAUGCGGAGAUGGCCGGUGUUGAGGAGAACGGAGAGCCCGCUGAGGAGGAUGAGGUUUCCGACGAAGGCAGCGUCGAUCUUGAGAACGAGAGCGAAGACGAGCUUGAGGAGGAAGUUGAGGGCGAAGCUGCCGACGGCGGUGACGAUGCCAUGGAGGUUGACGACAAGCCCGCUGAUGCGGCCAAACCCCAAGAGGUCAUGGCUCAUUAG